AUGGCCCCCAAGGACCCAUCCGCCAGGACGACCAUCCAGCAGGCACCGGUCGUCAUUCCCGACAUCCCUAUGAAGGACAUCCUCGGCGCCAUCCCUGCCCACUGCUUUCAGCGGUCCGCGCUCAGGUCGUCCCUCUACAUCGUCAUGGACGCCGUGGUCAUCGGCUGCGUUUACACUGCGACACGCUACCUCGAUCCUCUCAUCACCCCCGAGCACAUCGAGCUCCCCCAUCCGUACCUCUACACCGCGUUGAGCUUCUCCCUCUGGGCGCUGUACACGUUCUUUGUCGGCCUCUUCGCCACCGGCCUCUGGGUUAUCGCCCACGAGUGCGGCCACCAGGCGUUCUCCGAGAGCAAGACGAUCAACAACGCGGUCGGUUGGGUCCUCCACUCGGCACUUGGUGUCCCCUACCAUGCAUGGCGGAUAACCCACGGGCAGCACCACGCUUCGACUGCUCACAUGACCCAGGACCAGGUCUUCGUCCCUCGCACCCGGUCCCAGAUGGGACUCCCGGAGUUCGACCCCAACGGCGAGGACCUCGCGGGCAGUAGCAUUUCGAUCAAGGUCAUGGACGAGCUUUACGAGGCCCUCGGUGACUCGCCCAUUGGCACUAUCGUCGACUGCCUCCGGUACUUGCUUGGUGGGUGGCCCGCGUACAUCACUAUGAACGCGUCCGGCCAGACCCAUUUCCCUAAGGGCACCAACCACUUCGACCCUACCGCAGUGAUGUUCCGCCCUGACCACCGCAGCCAGAUCAUCGUCUCUAACGUGGGGAUCCUGCUGUGGUUGGGUGCGGUCGGGUAUUCGAUCUCUCAAUGGGGCUUCUUCGAGGUGUUCCGCGUUUACCUCAUCCCUUACCUCUGGGUCAACCACUGGCUCGUCCUCAUCACCUUCCUCCAGCACACCGACCCAAUUGUGCCCCACUACCGCGCUUCCGAGUUCACCUUCGCUCGCGGCGCAAUGUCAACGCUUGACCGCUCGCUCCUCGGGGACCUCGGCAGUGUUAUGGGCUGGCUUGGCGCGGUCUCCACGCACGGUAUCGCGGAGACGCACGUCGCGCACCACAUCUCGAGCAAAAUCCCUCACUACCACGCCUGGGAGGCGACCUAUGCGCUCCGCAAGCUCCUUGCCAAGCACAACAUGAACCUCCAGGGCAACCCGGUCGGCUGGCGUGAGAUCUUCCGCGUCAUGAGCCAGUGCCGCUUCGUUGAGGACGAGGGCGAGAUCAUCUUCUACAAGAACUCGCGCGGUUUCGCGGCUGCUAAGACCGCUUUCAACGACAACACCGCGAGCGACUCGGGUGUGGAGCUCUUCGACAAGGAGGCGUAA